CAAGCUCUUCACACUAAAUUCUCUACUUUCUCUCUCAAAACCCUCUCUCUCUCUCUCUCUCCACAAUGAAGAAAUUAAUCCAACGUUUCUCUCGCGUCACCGAUUCCACAAACUACUCACUCCUCCGCUCCGAGUCCCGCGCCUCAACUCGUCCAUGCCGAUUGAUGAAACCUCGCCGGUCCGGCGGCGUGCCGGAGGGGCACUUACCGGUUUACGUCGGGGAUGAAUCGGAGCGGUUUGUGGUGAACGCGGAGCUGUUAAAUCACCCGGUGUUCAUGAAACUGCUGAAUAUAUCGGCUCAAGAGUACGGCUACGAACAGAAAGGGGUGCUUCGGAUUCCAUGUCAUGUGUUCGUGUUCGAGAGAGUUCUAGAAGCUUUGAGAAUAAACCAGGUCUCUCAGGAUGUUCUCGAGCUCCUCGAUUCGUUCUCGAAAGGCUCCGUUUAUUUGGCAUGAAAUUCGGUUUAAUAUUAGCUAGUUGAGAUUAGGGCAUCAAAUUACAGAGAGAUUCGUAAAGAAAAGAGUGUGAGAUGGAUUUAGCAGCUUGUAAUGUAAAUUGUAUCGUGUAAUCAGUGUAAAGCAAAUUUUCCAUCCCACAAAAAUUUAAAAGAUUUAUUAGAAUUAUGGAUUUAGUUUUCGGGUUA